GGUCACACUAACGGAAGUCCAUUAUACCAGUUUUUUGUUUGUUUUGUUUUUGGCUUUUCGCUCGUUCAAAUUUAUGUGGAAUGAUUAAUUCAACUCGUUUGGAAAACAGCGCGCCCCUGAAAAUGGGGUUUUUCAUUUCCGGGGUUUUCCGCCAGCUAAUUUCCCAGGCCCACAGCUUGGGCUCCUCCUUAAAUUGCGUAAAUUGAACGAGGAUACGGAUACAGGAUCCCCAAAAGUUCUGAUACAAGUAUUCUUCAAUUCCUGCUGUUCAUUCCUCCAACGCUUUUUUGAGUUACAACCUGGACCAUUUGUUUAAUUCGAAUUUUAUGGGACUGGCACUUGGAGUUGGCGCCUUGUGGAGAAAGAGCCCAUUCCUGUUUGCCAGUUGAGUGAAUUGAGAGAACUAAGCAACAUAAAUCGGAAUCCCUGGCACGCCGCGCCUCUUUCGCAGCCUCGACUGCUCUGCAGCCUCGACUGUUGCGCAAUCCGCUCCAAAUCCGCUGGCGCUGGCACUGGCGCAGAUGCCGGAAGUGGACCGCCCAAAAGUCGGUGACCAAGCCCAACCGGUUCGCGGCAGAGACCAUCUGCUGAACGGUGGACAUCCACAUCCAUCCCAGUCGUGGCCGGCCCCAGAAGGAAAAGUGGUUCGCCCGCGAAACCGGACUUGGACUUGCACUUGAGGCAGGGACCUACCUACAUGGACUACCUGUGGUACUUGACGGUGGAAAUGGCGAUGGAGGUGGAGGUGGAGAUGGAGAUGGAGGUGCGUGUGCGUUUGAAGUGACCACCGGACCAAUCUUUACACUAGGAAAAUAGUUCAAAUCGAAGGCGAUUUAUUCAUUGGUAUUAUGAAUCAAAGCCUUGCAAACGAUUGCGAAGAACCAUUCACAUUUCUGCACAUGCAAAAGAAUUGGAGGUCAAGUUUUCUUCACAUGCAGCGAGGAUUGCAGUCAACCUUUUUUCACCGUGUAAUCGCAUCACCCGCAGCGAAAUGCGUGCGCUUCCGUUUUGCUCGACUUGGCCUCCUUCCUCGUUCCUCGAUCCGUGGGAAGCAGGGAGACCCACGUAUAUAUAAGCCACAGCUCCGCCUAGAGGCUCCACAAUACAAAGUCAGUCAUGGCCGGGUCAGUUCGUGCGCCGCUCCUGGGUCUCCUGCUGCAGAUCCUGAUUCUGUGCAAUGGGCUAGCCGCUCAGCAGCUGCUCCUCACGCGCCCCCAAAGGAGCCUGUUCGAGGCUCCGCUGGGCCACCUCGGUCACGUGGAGCAAGUGGAGCACCUGCCCUCUCUGGGCUGGAAUAGUGUUGGCGCCGGACUUGGACUCGGAGGGGGCGAGUGGGGCUACAGCCCCGUUGGCCUGGGCCACAUGAGCAAGGAUGAGCUGCUGACCCUGCUGGAGGCCUGGAGGGAGGUGGAGCAGGAGUCGGCCACGACAACGACUGCGCCGCCAGCAGAUGCCACCACACGUCGACCAGCUCCACCUCCGCCACCACCACCACCACCUCCUCCACGACCCAUUCCCAUACCCGUUUCCAUCGCAAUGCCUGCUCCGGCUCUUCCGAGCUUUCCCCAGCCGCCCUCCGGAACUCCCAUUACAGUGAGGCUCCCGGCUUUCGUGCCUGUUCGUCUGGCAGCCGUGUUUACUCCGCCUGCCGGUGGUCAAGCUGGAACUGGUACUGGUGCUGCUCCGCCUGCUGACGGAGUCGGAGAGGCUGGAGGAGCUGACUUGGCCACCGAAGACGCGCCAGAUGACGACGUCUCUACCCGGCUCUUCCGCUUUAUGCCCAUGCCAGGUGCUCGAACCAGGCCGCCAUCCAGUCUACAGCCCAGGCAGCAGUUUGUGGUGAGGAACACCCUGGACAGCGUGGAUGCGGGCACUGCACCUGUCAGGCAGCAGGUUAAACCGGAAGUCCAGCCCAAGGCGACGGCACCUCCCGCUCCUCCCUCCAUUCCCAAGCUCCCGAGCCACCCAACUCCCUUCUUCCGGCCCAGAUUUGGUGUGCCACCGAGUCUGGCCAACGCCCGCUUCGAGCUGGUGCCCUCCUCCCAAAUCAUCGGCGACUGGCGGGAGUGAUCCUGUGCAGCACCUAGCUGACCAAAACGGAGUACCUUCCGAGGAAACAACCAGGCUCGCGCUUUCAAAGGAGGCUGUCUUGCUAGACCGUUCCCACUGAGUCCCUCAUAUACUUUACUUUACUGUAUUAUAUUAUUUUUUUGUGCCCAAAUACAAUAUGCAAUCAGUCAUAGAUCAGCUAAGA